AUGAACAAGAUUAAAUUUAUAAAUAACAAUAGUUAUACAUUAAAGUUUUUAAUAAAUGAAAUUAAAUUAUCAAACAUAACAUCAAAUCAAUCAAAUGGUUUAUUUAAAUCAAAAUCAUUUCAAACCACCAAUGCCAUAAAUACUAAUAACAUCAAAAGCUUUUUCAAAAGAUCAUUUAAUAGUAAACAUUCUAAAAAUCAAUACAACAAUAAAUUUGAAAAUAAUAAUAGCAAUAAUAAUGUUAAUAGUAAAUUACAAUUUGAAUUUAAUGAUAAAAGUUGGAGUAGAGAACAAAAAGAAAGAUAUUUCAAUUCUACAAAAACUUCAAAUAUAAUCUAUGUACUCAUUGGUAUCAAUACUGCUGCAUUUUUGUAUAUUAAUAGUAAUGAUGAUUAUUCAUUUCAACGUCAAAUAGAUAGAGGAUUUUUGUUAAGUUUAGAUAAUUUUUUUAGUCAACCAUUGACAUUAAUUACAAGUUUCUUUGCACAUAAAUCUUUUGGUCAUUUUUUAUUUAAUAUGGUUGGUUUAUACACAAUUGGUCCAAUGGUUUUAAGUACAAUUGGUGCAUCAUCAUUCUUUGGUUUAUAUAUGGCUUCUGGUAUUGCUUCAGGUUUAGGUUUUCUAUUUUUACAAAAAUAUUAUAGAGACCAAGCCAAUGGCCAUAAAUUUGACUUUUUUGGUAGAAAUACUAAUCAAUAUCAAUAUUCUUUACAACGUUCAAAUCAAAAAGCAUUGGGUGCUAGUGGCGCUAUUUAUGGUGUUAUGGCAACAUUUGCUUGUCUAUUUCCAAAGGCAAUUUUAAAUUUAUAUGGUGUCAUUCCAAUUCCAGCCAUUGUAGCUGUUGGUGGUUUCUUUGCUUAUGACAUCUACCACGAAGUAUAUAAAUCAAGAACAGGUAUCUGUCAUAUUGGUCAUCUUGCAGGAGGUGUUUAUGGUUUAGGAUAUUACUUUUUACGUUUAAAAGGAAGAUAUACCCAUUAA